UUCAGUAAAUCAGAGUCGGAGCGUCGCGUCUGUGCUAACAUGCUAACAUGCUAACAGGAAUAUCUGCCGUUGAAAACACGGGAACAACGUAAACUGUAGAAAAGUUCGGCCGCAGGGGCUGAUGGGAAACUGAGGAUCAACUUCUGAACAGUCUCACCUGGCUAACAGCUAACAGCUAACAGCUAGCAGCUAACGGCUAGCAGCUAACGGCUAGCAGCUAACGGCUAGCAGCUCAGAAAGUUAGUGAAGCAGUGAGACAGGCCAGGAAGUAGACGGACCCAUGACGGUGAGACACGAUCCUGUCUGUCCGGCAUGACGGACCAGAGCGAGCUCAUCAAAGAGCGUCUGUACUUCGCCACUUUACGCAGCAAACCUAAAAGUACGGCCAACACUCACUACUUCUGCACCGACGACGAGUUCUUCUACGAAAAUUUCUAUGCAGACUUUGGUCCUCUGAAUCUGGCCAUGUUGUACCGAUACUGCUGCAAACUCAACAAGAAGCUCAAGUCGUUCACUCUGACCAGGAAGAGGAUCGUUCACUACACCAGCUUCGACCAGAGGAAGAGAUCCAACGCCGCCGUGCUGAUUGGAGGAUACGCGGUGGUCUACCUGAAGAAAACUCCAGAAGAAGCUUACAGGGCUCUGACGUCUGGUUCCAACGCCUCCUACCUGCCCUUCAGAGACGCUUCCUUUGGGAAUUGCACCUUCAACCUCACAGUGCUCGACUGUCUGCAGGGCAUCAGGAAGGCUCUGCAGCACGGCUUCUUUGACUUUGAGACGUUUGACGUGGACGAAUACGAACACUACGAGCGGGUUGAGAACGGAGAUCUGAACUGGAUCGUCCCGGGGAAGUUUCUGGCUUUCAGCGGACCUCAUCCUAAAACUAAGAUAGAGAACGGUUACCCUCUGCAUGCCCCCGAGGCGUAUUUCCCGUACUUCAGGAAACACAAUGUGACCACUGUCGUGCGUCUGAACAAGAAGAUCUACGACUCCAACCGCUUCACGGACGCCGGCUUCCACCACCACGACCUCUUCUUCUUAGAUGGCAGCACGCCCAGUGACAUCAUCACACGCCGCUUCCUGCACAUCUGUGAGAGCACGGACGGCGCCGUAGCUGUCCACUGCAAGGCUGGUCUGGGCAGGACGGGCUCUCUGAUUGGCUGUUACCUGUUGAAACACUACCGCUUCACGGCCGCUGAGGCCAUCGCCUGGAUCCGGGUGUGCAGACCGGGCUCUGUGAUUGGACCGCAGCAGAACUUCCUGGAGGAAAAGCAGGCAGCGCUCUGGUUGCUAGGCGACAGCCAGCGUUCCCAGAAGGCCAAGCUGGAGGAGAGAGCGGUGUCUCACCUCAUCACUACUAUGGACGACCUCUCAUUAAACUCCACCCACAACAGCAACAGUCUGCACGAGACUGAGAUGGUGGACAGCGGACCGGUUCUGACUCAGGGAGACAAACUGAGAGCCUUAAAGAGCCGGCGUCCCCCCCGACCCGCCACCACAGGAUCUCUCAGAGUGGAGGAGAUGAAGAUUCACAGCAGGUCAGCCUCUCAGCCGCUCAGAUGGUCAAUGGGUGGUGGUCAGGGCCCUUCCUCCCCCCUCAAGUCCUCCAAGUUCCCAGCAUCCUCUGCUUCAGCUGCUGCCAAGAGGAUCGGAAGAAGUCCGUCAUCAACGGCCUCCAACAUCAGGAGCUCCCGGUUGGCCAGCUCUCUCACUGAUCUUUACGCUGUGGACACUGAGGACAGAAUCACUCCGUACUCUCUUCCUCCCCCCUCCUCCCCCUCUCCUCUGGCCCCGCCCCCUCUGUGUCGCUAUGGUAACGGCCCUCGCAGCGCACAGCACGAGGUCAACAACAACAGCGGUCCGUACGGGGGUUCUGCGGCGCCCAGCAGCAGGCCGUGCCCUCAGGACUUCAGCCCCUACAGGGGCCCGGGGCCCUACAGCGCCCUGAAGGGCCCAUCAGGACGCUACCUGAGCCGCUCCAUACCUUCUCUUCAGUCUGAGUACAUCCAGUACUAGAACUACAGAACUCACCUGAGGACACAUUACCCACAAUCCCCUCUGUGUAGGACGCUCAAAGGGAAAUGAAUGAAGCAGCAGGAGUUCAGCUCAGUGAGCAAAGGGACUCCGUUAACAGCUGCUCACACUGUAUGCUAAUGAGCUGUAUGCUAAUGAGCUGCAUGUGAAUGAGCUGUAUGCUAAUGAGCUGCAUGUUAAUGAGCUGUAUGGUUAUGAGAUGUGUGUUAAUGGUUGGUAUGUUAAUUAGCUGUAUGCUAAUUGCUGUAUGCUAGUGAUAUUUUAAACUGUGCAUGAUUGAUGAUCAUCUACAGGAGUUUGUUUGGCAGAAGAAUAUAUAUUUAGAUAAAGAAGACAGAUUUUAUAUUUCUUAUUUGUGACAGAAGAUAUUUGUAGUUUUGACUUUUUUAAUGAACUGAAGGGUCAGGUGGUCAUCAUGCUAACAGUAUUUACUUCCUGUCUCUGACCAGUGAUGGUCUGUGUUUAUGCUUUUCUAAUCAACAGCAAUAAUAAUAACGGUAGAAGAAGAAGGGACCCAAAAGCUCAGGAAAACUGUUGCCAGCAACAUUUAAAAUGACGCUUGUUGAACAGUUUGUCUUCUCUGAGCGCUGCGUCUCCUCGUCUCCUCGUCCUCUUGAAUCUCUUCUUGACCUCUUGACGUAGCUUUUCUACUGUUCCACUGUGGAUGAUGCAUUUACUGACCAGAGGAAAUGUAGUAAAGGGGAGUUCUGUAAGUCCUUAAUGAACGGCUAGUGAAAACAAACAAUGAAGAGAUGGACGUUUGAUUAAAAACAUGUCACGUGACAAUUCAAUUGACUAGUCACAUGUUGUGUCUCAUGACGUGUCUCAUGACGUGUCACAUGUUGUGUCUCAUGACGUGUCACAUGACGUGUCUCAUGACGUGUCACAUGUUGUGUCACAUGACGUGUCUCAUGUUGUGUCACAUGACGUGUCAUUGACGUGUCAUGACGUGUCACAUGUUGUGUCAUGUUGUCUCUCAUGACGUGUCUCAUGACGUGUCACAUGUUGUGUCUCAUGACGUGUCUCAUGACAUGUCAUGAGUCUCAUGACGUGUCACGAGUCACAUGACGAGUCUCAUGACGUGUCACGAGUCACAUGACGUGUCACAUGACGAGUCUCAUGACGCGUCACGAGUCACAUGACGUGUCACAUGACGUGUCACGAGUCACAUGACGUGUCACAUGACGUGUCUCAUGACGUGUCACGAGUCACAUGACGUGUCUCAUGACGUGUCACAUGACGUGUCUCAUGACGUGUCACGUGACUUGUCACGAGUCACAUGACGUGUCUCAUGACGUGUCACGAGUCACAUGACGUGUCACAUGACGUGUCUCAUGACGUGUCACGAGUCACAUGACGUGUCUCAUGACGUGUCACAUGACGUGUCUCAUGACGUGUCACGUGACUUGUCACGAGUCACAUGACGUGUCUCAUGACGUGUCACAUGACGUGUCUCAUGACGUGUCACGAGUCACAUGACGUGUCUCAUGACGUGUCACAUGACGUGUCUCAUGACGUGUCACGUGACUUGUCACGAGUCACAUGACGUGUCACGAGUCACAUGACUUGCACAGUAAACCAGUUUUGGGGUUAAAGGAAUGCUGUGGCUUCCUGUGAGUCGGUCAUUUAAGGGAAAAGGUUUCUCAGGCUUUGAAGUGCCUUAAAGAAGUUAUCAGGAGCUUUACUUUCAUACACAGGGCUUUUAUUUUGGAAGGAACCACAUCCUGAUGGAUGAUAUUUAAAUGAAGAACUUUAAUUGUUGCUGAUCCUGUAUUUUAAUGCUGAAGUAUUUUGUUAAAGGGAAAAGUUAUAAAACAACUUUCAGAUUCAAGUUUUUAUCUGAGACAGAAAAUA